CAUUUCGUUAUAAUCUAGUUGGCCCUAAAGAGCUGUCAUCAAACAUGGCGGGAUAUUCGAUUGAUAAAAUUUUACUCGAAGCAAGAGAAAGCGCUAGACGGAGUAAAACAAAUUUUGAUGCAAUAAUUGAAAAGUACAGCAAAGAAUUUGAAGAAGACGAUGUAAUAGAUAUUUACAAACAGAGAAUAUGUUCAGAUAGAGGUUUUGUACGAUCCAAAAAAAGAGCAUUUGGAACAUCAAGAUUAGCCACAACUAAACGAUUAGAAGAGCGACUAGCUGGAGGUUAUAAUUCAGGAGAUGAAACAUGUUACAGUCAACCAUCUGUUCUACAUCCUGAAGUCAAGAUAGAACCAAUCAAUGAGACUGAUCCAGAAAUAUGGAAAGAUUUGGUGGAAUCAUUUGUCCAUGACCCUGGAAACGAACCGAGUGAUGCCGAGACAAUAAGUUCAAGUAGUAGUUCUAGCAGUCGAAUAACUGAUGAUGAGGCUGAUGGAAGUUCCAGUGAUGAUGAUGAGGGAGGAGUUUAUUCACCAAUUUUCAUUCCUGACGAGGCUCAAGACAGACAGUUUUUUGGAGCAGAAACUAAUUUAAAUAGAGGAUGGUAUUCUUUAAAGAAAUCCAACAAUUAUCAACCGCCACAGUCGACUCUUCCUGAAAUACCUGUACAGUCUAAUGUCAAAGUUGUUUGUCCAAGCAAAGCUUUCGUCCCAGCAAUCCCUAUAAAACGAAUUGUACCCUGCCAUGUUUCCUCAACAUCUUGUGACGUUAACGCAAGUUUCACUGGUGGUUAUGAAGAGGUUCUGAAUGUUCAACCAGUAGUCAUGCUAGAACCUCUAGUCUCGCCAUCCAAAACAGUAAAUCUUGCAGCUAGUUCUGUGCCGCGUAGGUCUACUGAUUUGCGGUUUCCGUCAAAUAAUCUGCCUAACGACAAAACAAUUCAUCUCUGUGAUGGUGACUCAGAAGAUAACCAUGUUGUUAUUUCUGACAACAGCUCUCAUUCUUCAUUAAUGAAUUUGACAUCGGCCAACCCUUCUCAGAAUUCGCCAAAUGAGAUGGAACAAACACACAGUAUUCAUCCAAUAGGUGACAAUAACUCAAAAUCUGUCAAUCAAGUAGGAAUGGACAUACCAACCCCACGAAGACGUCUACGUGCCAGAAAACCAAAGAAAGACAAACCUAGGAUACGGACCCUUUCUAAUGGCGAUCUUCGAGAGAUAUUUUUGUCUAAGGAUCCAAAUAUUGUUGAGAAGUUCCUGUCACCUUCUGAGUCAGUCGUAAUUAAAGAUACCAAUUCUCAAAAAUCAGGGUCAAGACAUCUGGAGGCCCAAACAAAUAAAAGACUAACAAGUGCAUCGGCCAUUGGAGAUAUCUUUAAUGAAUUUAAAAAAUGUCAAACCUCCAAAUCCCCUGAUAUUGCUACAAGCAGUGAAUCGAGGCAAAAGAAAUAUUGUCCACAGAAACAGACUCUAGAACUUGUAAAUAAUAGAGGACCCAUGACCUCUAAAGAAUUCAACUUUCAGCAUAACUCUGUGAAUGGUGGCCCACAACAAAAAAAAUCGACGCCCAGUCAUCUCAACAAGACUUUUGUUGUUUCCAUGGACAGGAAAGGUAGUUUAGAAGGAAUUAAAGAUGGCAUGGCCUCACGUCAAACCAGAAGUGCCAUUCCUCUCAGUCAUUUGGAUAUGUCUCCUCCAUCUUGCAUUGCUUCAAUUAGACUGUCAGAUCCCAAUGAAAAAAUUUAUCAAAAAACGAAACCGUCCGCCAGAUCUGAAACUCCUAAAACAAUUGAUAGUUUUAUGUUUGAAGAACAAAGAAACAAUCAGUUGCCUAAUCAACAGAUGCUGAACUGCAGGGUUCAAGGUCAACCUCGAUCUUCAGUUCCCUCUCAACCAAUAGAAAAUACAACAAGGUUUGAAAGCAGAAAAAUGCAAUACACAAGGGAUACCCACACAGGAAAUCUGUAUGAUACAGUAGUAACUCCGGAUGACACAACUAUACCAUGUCGCCAUAGCAACAUAUAUCAAUCUGCGCCUCCUUUGACUAGUGAGAAUUUGAAAAUAUUCAAUACAAUAAACACUGUGAAAUCUGAUUUGUCAAGUAGUCAUCCAAGACAAAUAACCAGAAGAGUAAAUUCUAACAGGGAAAGUAAUCAAGAUGAAAACCAUGCUCAAAAUACGUUUUCAAAUUCUGUUCAUUCAGUACCAUCUGAUAUUAAAUUAAGGUCACAGUCAACGUCAAGUGUACCGAAGAUUCGACAACUAUAUGAAAAUUGUGCUACAAAUAAAUUAGAUGAAUUUGAAAAAAUGUAUCAGAUACUUUUAUCAAAAUCAAACCCCAAACCUCAAAUGCAUCUGAUUACGAAUAUAUCUGAUGACCGUGCAAUGGAAUGUUCUAGUGUUGGAAAUAUUGUAAAUCAGACCUGGGAUUCUCAAAAUCAAAGAGUGCUUGAUACCCCUUUGUGUCCUAAUAAUGGUUACAAUAGAAAUGACAGUGAUGUAACCAUAACUCACAAGGAGAAAGUAUCAACUAAAUCUUAUUCAAUGCAUUCUCACAUAAAAACUAAACUUCUGGUGAAAGAAAAUUCCAAUUCUGCUCAAACUUCCACAAAUGUCAAGACUGUACAAGAUAACAAUAUUUCAAUAAGCACUGCUAGAACUUGUGACCAGACUAACAACUGUCGGAGAGAAAAUCCUAGAAAGAUUUCAGAAUUAAUUCAACCAGUCACCACUACAUGUACCAGUAAAACAAAUACUUCUCCUGUCAAGGUCUCAAUUCUCAACCAGAUUUUAUCCAUGAAAUGUAAUUCAAGGAAUGCAGAAACUCUAAAGGAAAGAAAUUCUGAAAAUUUGAAUACAAAUUGUUCAGUCACUUUUGAUUCAAGGUGCUUGGAAACAUUGAAUACAAGAAAUUUAGAAACGUUGAGUUCCAGAAAUUCAGAAACUUUGAGGUCACGAAAUUCAGAAACUAUGAGUUCAAGAAAUUCAGAAACUUUAAGUUCAAGAAAUUUAGAAACUUUAAGUACAGUAUGUUCUGUUACCUUGAAUACAAGAAAUUCAGAAACUUUGAGUUCAAGAAAUUCAGAAACUUUGAGUUCAAGAAAUACGCAAACUUUGAAUACGACAAAUGCUAGCAAUGGACCAGGUAGUUGUUCUAGUGAUGAUAAUAACUCUUAUCAAGUACCGGUACAAAGAAAUGUAAGGAAAAAUAAUAACAAUAAUGCUUGUACCAUGAAUAAAGCCAUAUCUUCACCUAAAAGACGAUUAAGUUUAAGUUUUGAUCUAGAAAGUAAGGAAACCACACAGAACAAUUUUAAUUCGGCACCACGAAACAACCUCAAUUCUAGUCCAAGUAAAGAAAGGCGGGUUUCAAGUCCCUUUAAAGAAAACAACUCAGUUUUCAGAGAUAAUAGUCAGACAUCGAAAUGUGUUGUUCAGGAUGGAUUUAUUAUUCCGCAAGCCUUCAAUAUUAUCAAACCUCCAGGCAAAUGUAAAGAAAAGAUUUUCAUUCAAAACAGGAGAAGAUCCUCUAAAUCUUUGGAAUCGACAGAACCAAAACAUCUCCCUAAUUCUUCUAUUUAUGACUGGAAGUCUGAUAGUUCUGUUAAUGAAUCGAGAUCUGUCGAUUUCGGAACCAGAAACUGCAACAAUGUGAAGUCACCUCUUCAUACGAGUACACCAAUGAAGAAACAAAUGUCUGGUUUCACAACCAAUAUCUUGAAUGAUAGCCUGUCAACCAUUUGUUCAGAAAUACCUAACCAAGAAAUUUCUAUUUUUAUGCCAAAUUCUUAAAUAAUAAUCAAAGAACAUUGUCUGUAGAAAAUGUAUAUUAUAUUUAGAAAUCUCUAUUUAUAUUGAAUUGUACUGUGAUUUAUGCUGUGAACUGUGAUGCUCGUAUUAGUUCAAAUUAGUUUUAGUUGUGUUGAACAAAAAGAACAACACACCACUCUUGUUUCACUAUUUUUUUCUUCCUCACAUCAAUGUUAAAUUUUGAUUGUACUUGCAUAUAUCAUAGAAAUAUAAAACUUAAUACAUUUAAAAAUAUAGAGCAUUUAUUAUAAUUUCUAUGUCACAUGUUCUAGACCAUAUUUUAUUGAAAACUGACCAAAAACCUAGUUGCAUCACAAACUUUGCAGAUUACUAUUGCCAUACUCUAUUCAUAGUUAUAUAAGAUGUUAUUUAUUAAAGUAAACCUAUUAUUAGGUAUUUAUUUUUCAUAUUUUCU